CACAAAGUGUGCGCAUGCGCAGAGGGGUUCUUCAGUGCGCUGUUUCGGCCUGUUUCGGCACUGGCCGGACAUUUUCGCCUCUUUGUUUUACUGAUAGUGGAUUUAACUCGGAUUCAACCCAAUAUCCAGCGGACCGCUCUGGCCAUAAACAGCUGUGUGAAGUGGAGCACAGGAUGCAGAGUUAACACCACCCUGUGUCUCGCAGAAGAAGCCCUGCUGCCAGACCCUCAGUAGUAGACACAUGGCGGCAUUGGGGAACCCCGAGAUGUUAACCAGGAAGAUUAAACUGUGGGACAUCAAUGCCCACAUCACCUGUCGUCUGUGUGAGGGGUACCUGAUCGACGCCACCACAGUCACUGAGUGCUUACACACCUUCUGCAGGAGCUGUUUGGUGAAGUACCUAGAAGAGAAUAACACGUGUCCCACAUGUCGGAUUGUCAUUCACCAGAGCCAUCCACUGCAGUACAUCGGCCAUGACCGAACAAUGCAAGAUAUUGUCUAUAAGUUGGUGCCAGGGCUGCAAGAAGCGGAGAUGAAGAAACAGAGAGAAUUCUAUCAGAAGUUAGGCAUGGAGGUUCCCGGAGACAUCAAAGGAGAACUGUGCAACAUGAAAACCCACCUGGACACUCAACACAAUGGUGACUUGAAAUCAGAAGAUCCAGCCAACAAGGAAGCAGGAGACGAGAAAGCCGAGGAAGACAAUGACUACCAUCGCAGUGAUGAGCAGGUGAGUAUCUGUCUGGAGUGUAACAGCAGUAAGCUCAGAGGCCUCAAGCGGAAGUGGAUUCGUUGUUCGGCUCAGGCGACCGUUCUCCACCUCAAGAAGUUCAUCGCAAGAAAGCUAAACCUGACAUCUUUCAAUGAGCUGGACAUCUUAUGCAAUGAAGAAAUCUUGGGCAAGGACCAUACUUUGAAAUUUGUUGUGGUUACAAGAUGGAGAUUUAAGAAAUCCCCCCUCCUCCUUCAUUACAGACCCAAAAUGGAUCUGCUGUAGUUGGAUAGAAACGCUUGGUUGUUUUGGCCCAGUGGCUGAGGACUGUGCUACGUGCUAUAUAUGCAUAGACCAUCAACGCCUACACCAAA